UGUUUAUUUGUGAUAUGAUUUAGUAGCAAGUGUAUAAAGUAUUAUAUAGUGCAUGUUUACAGAUUGCAGGAUUUAUUUAUUUUAUUUCUCUAUUGCUUUAAAACUGAACCUUUAAAUAUACCGGAUCGUGUUUAUGAACAUCUGUAUUAUUACAGAUAGCGUUUGUCUAAUAUUCAGUUUUCUGUUGAAAUCUGUAUCUAUUACAAUAUGCACAACUGUUGAGCGUUUAUGAAAAACCUACUCGUGUAAAAUGCCUGUUGCACAUGUCUUGCGGGUUGAUAUUGACCUUUCCAAUAUGGCGGAAUUGCAAAGACCCUAACUAAUGCGGUAUCUACUUAUCUAUCCUAUGAUCCCUCACGAAACCUUUCUCAGACACGAUAAGUCAAAAAAGUUUAAUCAAACGACCACUUGUUAAACAAGUGUUUUAUCGUUUAUUUGACGUUUUUUAAUCAUUCAAACCCUAUUAAGGGUGACUGAAAUUUCGAAUUUCAGACAGUAUUUUUUAUUAUUUUGUGUAGUUUGCUGUAAUGCCGUUAUUACAUUAGUCACAAGGUAACGUCCUCCCGCUAACGUAGGUAUAAAUUACAUUACAUGUUAGCAAGACGGCGUUAUAAACAUUACUGGCUUUCUGAGGCAAUCCACAUGUCUACAAAAUUUUUGUUACAAUACAGUAAACCCGUUUCAUAUGCUUAUGUGCUCAAGUGUUGAUGCUCGUUCUCGAUUAUUACUGUCUGGUGUUAAAGUGAAGAGGUUAGAGGUCUUUGCAGAUUCCGCGGCGCCAACACGUGUGUGAUGAGAUUACACAAAGAUAUUUAGAAAUGGCUGCCAUUUACUCUGGCAUUCAUCUGAAACUGAAAAACCCCAGCACACCCUGGCCAGACAAACUGAAACUUGCACGAUUUGCAUGGAUAUCAACACAGUGCCUUCUUCCUAAUAAAGAGCAGGUUCUGUUUGACUGGACAAGUCAUGUCCUCGCUGGUUUUUACAGUAAGAAAGUGGACGUACCCUCGGAGGUAGUGGAGGGUUUAUGGGCCUAUCUAGAUGAUAUCCUUCACAGCAAGAAGCUUCAUAAUGUGUUGAGUCAGGGAAAAACCAUUAACCUUCGUCUCACACUAGCACAGAUUAUCAAUGACAGGAUUUUGGACUGUUCUUCAGGAUUCAAAUCUGUCAGUUUCUACACCAUUCUUUGCUGUUGCCAUGGCAUCUUGACCUCUCCAGUGCUUUCUGUGACCUACACUGCUAAGUAUGAGUUGUUAGUGGAGCUCUUGAGUCGACUCUGUGGCUUGUCCAGCAUGCAGCUCAGGCAGCAGAAAAACGAGGAGCCUCUCUCUCUCAAAGUCUUUGAGGUUCUCCUCCUUGUUCUCAGCACCUACCUAACAGUGCAGAAACAGCAGGCAAACUCCAACCGAGUGUUUUCCCAGGUAACAGCACACCUCCUUCAUCCUCUUCUCCUGCUCAGACACUUGCUGAACACUAGAGUUUGGACUGAGAAGGAUGACGUCAAGAUUCGCCAGAAUCUGAGCAAGGAAAUCCGGAGUAAAGUGGACGCUGUUCUUCAGUCAGCGCUCUUCGUUCCUGAUCAUUUGCUGUCCUACAAGGAAGAAGUUUUACCAUCGGAGGAUAAAGCUGGGGUCAAAAAGCGCCAUGCGGGAAAGGACUUGCAAGGCCCUGUCAGUAUGAUCCUUUUAAAACUUAAUGUCCAAGGAGCUAACAAAGAGGAAGAGGCUUUAUUUUAUGCUGUUAAAUCAAAUUCACUCAAUCUGUUAUUUAAAUUCGCCCUAGAUUCAUUUUGUAAAGGGGGAGAAAACAAGCAAGUGAUGUUCCAUCUCAUGGCUAAGCUCAUUACUGCUUUGGGGUUGACGGAAGAACUGGAUAUUGAUGAGAAAUUUAAUGCAUUGAACUGGGGUAUUGCUUUACUCACUCUGGAGAACCUCCUGAACUCCUGUUUGGCUGGUGAUAUCUACAAUGUGGCUGCAGACAGAAUUCAACACGGAGAGGUACAAUUGAAUUUCUACAGGAAACUGGCUCGCCUAUUAUUUAACAAUAUCCAGAUGGGCAUCCCAGCUUGGUACCGCUGUCUCAGAGCUCUGCUCGCACUGAAUCACCAUAUCCUGGAGCCAGUUUUAGAUGAGCUCCUUUCAGCUGUGUGGGUUGAUGCAGACAACAUGGAAGUACGUGUUAGGAAAGCCAGAGAAGCACUCAUGUCUUUCGUCUUGCAAACUUAUGCCAAACUCAGACAGCUGCCUAAACUUAUAGAAGAGCUGCUUGAUGUAGUGUGUCGGCCUGCAGCGGAUGAAUUGAGACCGCCACUGUUGCCCGAAACGAUACAAAAGGCCCUGAGUCAGUGUUUGCUAGACAAUCCUCCGAGCCAAAAUCUCGAGAUCUGUUUGCUCAUUUUAAAAAAGAUGCAGAGCUUUCCUCUCCCCCACAUCCAUGAUGAAACAUCGGAUUUGGCGCUGAAAGUGUUUUCUUUGAGUUUGCUCCUCUACUCUGUACUCUUCAGUUUUAAGACCCUGGAUAAUACCACCCCUGUGCCAAUCGUGAAGAAGACUCAGAAUAUUAUGAUGGAGAUGUUGAAGGUCAUUGAAGACCUGUUGAAGCAAAACAUUGUCCCCGAAGGUCCUUGGAUGGAGAAGGUCCAAGAGGUGAUUCUUCUGCUUACUCAUACUUGGGUUGAAGUGGAUACGCUCUUCCAGAUUCACUGUUCUAAGUACACAUCACCCACUGGCUCACAGAGGGGCGCUUUAGUGGAUAAAGCCUUGACAUUGAGGGACAAAGACAGUCCACUUUGUAAAUUAUUACAGAAUCUCCUUACGCUCCACAAGCUUAAGGUGUGCUUGCUCAAACCAUCUAUUGAAACAUCAGGUGCAUUAGAGAUGCAGAAAAUGGCUCAGUUUAUUCUAAAAAGGCAAGAACUUUCAAUGAUGCUUGACGCCAACCAAAUCUGGGACUUUCAAUUUUGUACUGUAAAUGCCAACACUUAUAUGGCAGCCCACUGGCUUCUUGUUACAUCCAAUCUUCCAUUAAUUGCCCCUUAUCUUGGACCAAAUGACACAUCCUGUUUUGCAGAAUGCAUGUUGAAGUCUUUGCUUCAAAGUAUGGAUGCCUCUGAAAGCAAUUUGGAGAACACUGGGAUCUCUGUCUCGUUAAUAUCCAGGCAGUUACUCGAGAGUCCUGUUCUUUGUGAGCUCCCUGAGAUUUUCUCUGCAGUGAUAAAGUGCAUCAUCAAGGAAUUUUUUGGACAGCCUGGCUCAUCACACGUUCAGUUCGUCAAUCCUUCGUUUUUCAAACCUUGCGCGGAAAUGGUUGGAGUUGAAGAUGAAGAAACAAACAUGAAGAGACUGAAAGCCAUCGGGCAAAAGAUGUUGGACUCUGUCAGAAUGAGCUCUUCCAUACCUCUAUCCAAAACACAGGCAGAUCGAUUACAGCAGCUGCUCAAAGUCACAAGUCUCUUGAAUGCAAAUGCAAUGUCCUCUGAAGACUUUUUAGAACUUUUUCUGACUUUGUUCACGAUGACUUCUUGUGUUCAGUGUGAUCAAAGCAUUGAUCUCUCUGCAUCUAUUGUAUUGCUCAAAGAGCUUUUUAAUAUUAUGGCUUCAUUCCUGGUGGUUAAAAACUCUCAAACGAUCCUGAAAGUUGUUCAUGGAAGUAUUCUCUUAGAGGCAACUAUGACUUCCCUCUUUUCUCGGAGCAGGAAGGGGCUCUUCAAGGGUUUGGAUGACCUGAUCUGGUUGUCUUUCCUUCAGUCAGUUCAAAACUUCAUUCAGUCCCUAAGUCAGCUCAUAAUCGGCAGGAAGAGCAGCGUGUGCCUCAAUCUGGAGAAGUUUACAUCCUUCAUGGUUGAAAGUAACCUCACUGCAGGAGUUCUGGCUGUGGAUGCAGGGGAUCUCUGUUCGCUACAACUCCAUCUGGUAACUUUAAGCACGCUUUGCAAAGAAAUGAUCACAAGCCUGGGCAAGAACAAACAGCUGGAUCAGACUUUAACUCAUUUGUUAGAGAAGGCCACUUCUGUCAUGGAGCCAGCCAUACAGGCUAUACUGGUGAGCAAGGGAAGUAGACAGAUUCAGUCCUUUUCUGUUGAAAUGGUAACAGUCAUGAUCAGGAGUGGGCUAGCAAGAGCCUCAAUCUCUGAAAAUGAUAAGCAGAAGAAAAUAUCCCACAUGGCGUUCUACCGGAGCUUCUGCCAGCAAAUCUUACAGGAGCUCAGCCCGGCACCCCGCCCUAUGGACUUCCUCAUUUCAUCAAUUCACUAUCUCUCUGCGUUCUACAUGGCUGCGGAAAAGACCAAAGCGACAUAUCUUGAAGAACUCCAUAUUAAUAUUUUGCAGAGUAUCCAUGCGCUGCUGUCAGGAACGUGGUUGUCGUUGUCAGACGUGAAGGAGCUGGAGGAGCCAGUAAAGGAGCUGCUAAAUCAGCUGGUGUCCAGCUGUUCUCAAGAGCAGUUCCAUCUGUUACUGCUGAUGCUCAGAGAGGGACUUGUGCCAGCUAAGACUGAAGGAGGCCACUGCACUGAGGUUCUGGCCACGGUAACUUUUAUAAAGCUGCUUGCCUGUUGUCAGUUUCCAGAGUAUUGCUCAAAGGCUUUUUGGCUCAUCACCCCACAAAUCAUAUCUACUCUCAUUUUUGUUAUAAAGGAGUCCAGCAAGAUCCCUUCUCUGACUCGUGUUCUGACAUUACCAAGUCUGGAGACUCUGACUGUCCUGCUCCGGCAGAGUGAAGCAAAGAUCUCCAACCAGCACCACGUCAUUUUGGUUCUGGGUGCCCUGCAGUUUGUGCCUCUCGACAGUCAUUCCAUGCAGGACUACCAUGCUGUUUUUGAGGCCAUCCAUGAAGCCUUGUUUGCAACUAUCCGCUGCUACCCUCAGGUGAUGCUGAAGGCUUCUCCCACCUUCCUGAAUUGCUUUUAUCGCUUGGUUUCAUCAGUCAUGCACGAAGGCAGACAGCGGGGUGACUCUGACAGAGCUUCUGAGAAAGACAGAGAGAGUCUUCUGAAGUGUGCCAUGCUGGUGGAAAGGAUGUACACUCAUAUUGCCAGUACGGCUGAAGAUUUCACCGUCCUGUCUUCAUUCAUUGUUGCACAAUAUGUCAGUGAACUGCAGAGGGUGACGCUUCAGCCAGAAAUUAAAGCACAUCUAACAGAGGGCAUAUACUGUAUCCUGGACCAUUGUGUUGAACAAGACAUUAAGUUUUUGAACACCACCCUUCAAAUGGGUGUCAAGGAAGUGUUCAAUGAGCUCUACAACAGUUACACGCUCUAUCACAAAUCUCAAAGACAAGGGGAAGAAAAGUACACGGUCUAAAAAUCACAUCCUUUGAAUAGAUCUGUCAUCUGCAAUUUUUACUUUUAACUACUCUGUUAUAAUUAAAGAAGAGUCUAGGAAUGUUUCAAAAUAUGUUGAUAUGUUGUAUGUUUGUAAAUUUCUCACCCUCAUGCUGUUCCAAACCUGUAGGAUCUUGUUCUGUGAAACACAAAGAUAUUUGUUUUCUCCAUACAAUGGAAGUCAAUAGGCUCCGUUGUUUGAUUCACAAUGUUCUACAAAAAAAGUUUUUUGUGUUCCACAGAAGAAGAAAAAUCAUAACAGGUUUGGAACGGUCAAUAAGGUGAAUAACACAAUUCUGCUUUUUGGGUGAACAAUCCCUUAAAAUAGGGGGGUGGGGGUAUUUGUGACAAUUACAGGCUUUUGUACUUUACAAAAAUGAGAAUGGAUUAACAGCAUGUUUUUUUUUCUGAGAACAGUACAUUUUUCUGUGUAACCAUUAAUAAUGUCCUCAGACAAACCCUUUUAAGAAAAGGUCCCAUUAAGGAGUUAAGGUGUUACAGUGGCUCAUCCCAACCGACAACCUCAAAGUCCUGAAAUGAAGUUAAGAAAUCCCGUCUCAGGAUUGUGCUUCCGAGUAAACCAAUUAACCUAAGGCUGCUCCAGGUGGACUCUAUAAAAUUAGUGUACUGUGAAAGUGUCUCCUGGAUGACAAAUAACCAAUUAAAAAUGUACCCCGUUAGACCUAUAUUGUAAAAAAUGGUGUUAAACAUUUAUAGAGCAGUUACAUCAAGUGAUCUGGUGUGCCUCAACUUUUUAAAGCUGUUCUGCAGUGUACAAUUACAUCGUGUUCCUGAGGUUCUCUUUGAAGAGAAUUUAGAUGCAAAACAGGAACAACCUCAGAUGCAGACUGAAUAAAUAUGCAAUAUAUGAACACAUCAUCUCAAUACAACGAAAUGUUCAACAUGCACGGUAAAGGCUGCUGAUGUUACUGGAUCCAUGAGGAAAUGUAAUGGGGGAUUUUUCUUUGUUGAAGGCAUGUAUGUGUUUGUGAAAGAAUGUGAAAGACGUGAAAGAGGUAAACAUAUUAGUUGGAAUGCUUAUUUGUGACUCAGAACCACAAAACGGUGUGUGUGUCAAUUUUUAUAUAUAAAUUAUAAAUAAGC